AAAAAAGCAACUGAGAGAGGAAUUUUUUUUUGGUACAUGCAAAGUCUGAAAGGCAAAAAUUGAAAUUGUCUGAAAUUGUAUUGUGCACAUAUUUAAGUUGUUUGAAUGUUUAUUUUUCAUAUGUACAGUACAUGUAAUCUUCAAAUAAAGUCACAAACUAUAAUAAUCAACUAGAAUUAUUUUUUACUCAAGUCUCAUGUUGCAGUGAAGCAUUCAGAAUUGUUAUCUGAGUACCAUAAAAACAUGCCAGAUUUACUUUCACAAGUAAACCAUUACUGCAUUCGCUGUAAUAGUUUACUUGUUCAUUGUCUUUAAUUAUGAAUUUUUUUAAUCUUAUUUUAGUAAAAUACAGCUGUAAAAAAUCAUAGAUGAAAAAAGUAAAGGAAAUUUUUUGAUAAAUUUGAUCCCCAAAAUAUAGUAGAGAUAGAUAUAAAAAAGAAGAGAACAAAAAAGCGAGUAGUUUCACAGUACUAGGAAUUUCCUUUGGCAAAAUUGUGCACAAGCACAAAAUUAGUCAUAUGGCGGGGACAAAAAAGAAUUUUGAUAUUGCCCUAAUUUUUCCCUUUUUUUUUUUUGUCUUGCGCCCCCAUGAAAAAAUACUGGCCCCCCUGGAAAAUUUGGUCUAGAACCGCCCCUGCGAGGAGGCUUCUUUGCUCACUAACACGGUGCAGAAACGCCCGCUGACCUGACCAUGCAUGUUUCCACAGCCCGCGCAGGUAGCUCUUUGCUCGUAGCGCGCUCUUCACUUUCACGAGCGCACUUUCUGUGCGCGUGCGCAAGCUUAGCGACUUUUUGAACGCCCAAGCGAACCUGACAAAGAAGAGAGGCUAAACAACACCUCGCUUCCUGCUGCGUCCUCCACCUUUCAGGAUCACGUCUCUGCUCGGUUCCGCACCCGAGCAUCGCUGGAACUUCUGCUUAGCUUCCCGUGUGCGCGCGCGGACGCAGGACGCUCCGAGCCAGGUGGAUGUGCUUUAAUGAUCCACUCCGCCCCUAUGGAUCGCCUCCAUGGAUGUCUUCAAGGCCGUUUUGGACAAUAGUCUGAGUCCUAAAGCAUCAGAGGAGACCGAUGUGUUCCUCUGGCCCUCACCGGAGAAUGGUAGCCGCUCCAGGCAGGAUGCGGAGCCCACCGCUCCGGUCGUCUGGACUGCGGUGUUCGACUACGAAGCGAAUGCGGAUGAUGAGCUCAGCCUUCGCAGAGGGGACCUGGUAGAGGUCCUGUCCAAGGAUUCCCUGGUUUCCGGGGAUGAAGGCUGGUGGACCGGGAUGAUCGCAGAUCGGGUUGGCAUUUUCCCGUGCAAUUAUAUCAGCAGAAGGAACGGCAUACCGGAGGAAAUAGGCCUACGGGAUAGCUCGGAGGGAUCCGUACCUUCUCUGCACCUCCUGGAGAUAGAUUUCUCGGAGCUCACCCUGGAGGAGAUCAUUGGGGUCGGCGGGUUUGGAAAAGUCUACCGUGCAGUGUGGCGGGGUGCAGAGGUGGCAGUUAAAGCAGCACGACGGGACCCUGAUGAGGACGUCGCUCAGACUUCUGAGAGCGUGCGUCAGGAGGCCAAGCUCUUCGCCAUGCUCAACCAUCCCAACAUCAUGGCUCUGCUGGGGGUGUGUCUCCUGGAGCCCAACCUGUGCCUGGUUAUGGAGUACGCUCGAGGAGGUCCUCUGAACCGGGCCCUGGCUGGGAAACGGAUCCCUCCGUGUACCCUGGUGGACUGGGCUGUGCAGAUUGCCCGGGGCAUGCUCUACCUCCACAGCCAGGCCAUCAUCCCCAUCAUCCACCGUGACCUCAAGUCCAGCAACAUCCUAAUCCUUGAGAAGGUGGAGAUGGAAGACCUCAGCGGCAAGACUCUGAAGAUAACAGACUUUGGCCUGGCUCGGGAGUGGCACCGCACCACAAAGAUGAGCGCCGCUGGGACGUAUGCCUGGAUGGCUCCAGAAGUUAUCCGUUCAUCCACCUUCUCCAAGGGUAGCGACGUUUGGAGUUAUGGCGUUCUGUUGUGGGAGCUGCUGACUGGAGAAGUUCCUUUCCGAAGCAUCGACGGUCUUGCAGUGGCUUAUGGGGUGGCGAUGAAUAAGCUGGCUCUGCCUAUCCCCUCCACUUGUCCUGAGCCUUUUGCACAUCUUAUGGAAAGCUGCUGGAGCCCAGACCCUCACGCCCGGCCCCAGUUCUCCACCAUACUGGACCAGCUCACAGCCAUUGAGGAGUCCGGCUUUUUUGAAAUGCCUGCAGAGUCGUUCCAGUCUCUGCAGGAUGACUGGAAACUGGAGAUCCAGGAAAUGUUUGAUCAGCUUAGGACAAAGGAAAAGGAGCUGCGAUCGUGGGAGGAAGAGCUGACCCGAGCGGCGCUGCAGCAGAAGUGCCAGGAGGAGGCUUUGAGGAGACGUGAGCAGGAGCUAGCUGAAAGGGAGAUCCACAUCCUGGAGCGCGAGCUCAACAUAAUCAUUCACCAGCUUUACCAGGAGAAGCCUCGCGUGGAGAGCAGGCAGGGCAAGUUUCGCCGCAGCCGCCUUAAACUCAAGGAUGGGAACAGGAUCAGCCUGCCCUCAGAUUUCCAGCACAAAAUCACGGUGCAGGCGUCUCCAUCUCACGAUCAUCGGAGGAGUCUGCUCAGCAGCAGUUCCAGCCCCCCCUCCAGUCCACCCAUGCUGCCUCGUCUGAGGGCCAUCCAGCUUACUUCAGGAGAGGGGUGCGCAGAGAUCGAGAGAAGGGGGUCCCGUAAAAAGGGUCGUUCCCGUGGAUGUGGUGUAUACAGGGAGCACAGCGCAGACGCCAGUGUGAAGCCUCCCCAUGAGGGCAGCAGGCAGCGGUCCUGCAGCGCCCCGAACCUCCGCAGAUCUCCGAGACACAGUCCAGCGGUGCCUGGAGUGCCAAGCCUCGUGGAGAUGGAGAACGAAGACUGCUGCUUCACUACUGAGCCGGGUGCCUCUCCUGGUCAGUCCUACCUCUGCAUUCCCUUCCAGAAAGAAGCCCAUGCUGCUUCUGCCGCUGAUGACGGAGAUGAAUACUGCCUCGGCAGCCAGGUGCCUGACACACCGUGCAGGAAAAGCCCGGGCGGGGGCCGUCGUGCUGAGCUGGUGCUGCUGAGUUGCGGCGCUCUGCUGGCAGCCGUUGGGCUGGGCUGCAACCUGCUGUCCUUGGCUCAGCCCGAGGAGAGCAUUAAACCUCGAUGGGAGAGCUUCUUCCACAGAACAGGCGGCCAAAGACGCAGCACCAGCCCCCCGACUCGCAGAAUGUUCCGGCGGGAAAGCCCGCUGAAGCCUUCGGCUCCCUCGCUACCCCCUUCAUACACACUCCUGUCCAUAUCAUCGGUGUCUGACUGUAACUCCACCCACUCGCUGCUGCGCUCCGACAGCGACGAGCUGCUGGUCUACCGCCCUGCCUCGCCUCCUUCCCAGCCUCCUCCUGUCUCACAGAGGAUGGCGGUCCAGAUCCCAGUCAACUCGCUGGUCAACACGCACGUGGAAAGCUUCAAGCGUAACCCGCACCAGUCUCUCACACCCACACAUGUUCCCUGUGCUCCAGCCGCCUCGCGCAGCCUACGCCGGACUCCAUCAGACGGAGCCAUCAAGAAGAACUGUCCUUCUAAUAUACUGGAGCCGUUACCUGAAAAAAGAGCUCUAGAGAACACAGGUGUCUUCAGGGCUUUAAAAGAAGACAGUUCUGAGGUUCCCCGGCUUCCUGAUCCAAAUGUAGUCUUCCCCCCAACACCUCGGCGGCGCCACGCUCCAGAACGCCCCAAAACCCUGGACGUUCUGGCUCGACCUCGGCCUUCGCCUCGAGCUCGUGCCGAUAUUGUCUGGGCGGAAGCUCGGCUCAGGGGAAACGGACAGAGCCUAGGUAAUGGUGAGUCCCCCGUUCACUCCUCCAGCACUGAGACUCCACCCACCGUGGAGUUUGGGAGAGACCCGGCGGUGCCACCCACCCCCUUAGAGGCGCCAACGCCCUUCUCUCCGCACAAGAACGAGAACUUGUUGGAUCAGUUGGACGAGGGACAGUGUCGGGAUGGAACGGUCCCGCUCUGCACACCACAGAUCAGACUUCCUAAAGACUCAUCAUGUAAUCCAGGAUUCUGGUCCUGAUUUUGCUCACUGCUCAACAUGGACAGAACCAAAUCUGCCGUUAGGCCACGGUCCAGCGUUCUCCAUCUGCAACACCGAGCAAAACCAACAUUUCUUUACCUUGUGACGUGUUUGGUUCAGUCUGACAUCGAAAACGGUUAAAGGGUUACGAGUACUUGAAAAUAAAAUCUGAGCCUCUUUGGCUUUAAUGCAUCAGAUGAAACUGGAAACAAGAACAUGUUUUCUAUCAUCGUUCUUUACGCCUCAACUGAUUGAAAGCUUCACAUUCUUUUCAAAGCCUGAGUUCAGAUUGUGCUUUUAGGGAAGUGCGCUUUUGGAUAUGAUCAUGAAUGUACAAUGUUUUGUUUUGAUUUUUUAGAAAAAAGAUAAAUUAGCUGUUCUGGUCUUGUCACACAAAACGGGAAUAAUCUUUAUUUCAAAAUGAAUUCAUCUGGAAUUCACUCAUUUUGUCUCAUUAUUUGUUUGAGAAGAUGAGAAAUGAUUCACAAAAAGGGAACUUUGUACAUUUGCCUCUUGAUCUAAGUUGCUGUCCGUGUGCAGCCAUGCAUGGAGUUCAAUGACCCACAGGUGAGGCACGCCCAGGUGAGGCAUGCCCAGGUGAAGCAGAAAGGUUCUCUUCAUUUUCUAUAUUUAUACUUUUUUACCAUAUUUCUGUUUGCCUGGAUCUCGUCACACUCGGCGUCGUGGACGUUUAAGAUUUCAGCCUUUGCACAUGACCCAGUAAUUUUGUUAAAAGUGCACCUUUAUUUUUUUAACUUGUUGUAGAUUUUAUUUAUUUAUUUAUUUAUUUAUUUUGUCUGUUAGGUCUUUAAAUGGUUUGUUCCACUUCAUCAGGUUGAAUUAGUUUUGAUUUUUUAUACGUUUCUAGAAAAAAAACAUUUUAAUUGAAUUUCAAGCAGCCAACCCAAAAUAUUUAUUUAUUUAUUUAUUUAUUUAUUUAUUGGACUGGUUAGAAAGGAAGAGCUACAUCUGUUUCAUCCUUAACCUCUAAAUGCUUGAUUGUAUCAUUUUAUUUUGAAAUGUUAACAGAACUCUGAUAUUUCCUCCCCCAUUCACCAACACUGAUCUAUGAGGUUGAAUGUGUGUGGUUUUUUUUAUACUUCUGGUUACUUGGGACUGUGCGGAAUGUGAUUUUGCUCAUCAUGCAAACGUAUUUCAUGUAUAGGUGCUAGUUGAAGCGAUGCUAAGUUCUUAAUAUGCAUAUGAAAUCUGAACACAAAUAAGCUGAAUUAACUGUUUACUGACAUUGUUCAGGGUGGGAACAAUACCGAUACUAGGUGACUUGCAUUUGCACUGGAACACACUGACUUGAGUAAAAUGGUGGCAGAAAAAUGUG